GAGGAUUUGUAUUGAAUUCAAAGAGGUUAAUUUGUUUACGUACAAAUUUGGCUGUAUCUAGUAUAUAUAAUGAAGGGAAGCUUAAUACUUUAAGUCGAAUGAAAUGUGGUUUACAGCUAGAAGUUCUUUUUAUAUUAACUAUGAUCCGUAUACACUUUUUUUGCAUACCUAUGGGAUGUUUUUGAUGAGGUCUUUGUUUUCCUGUUAUUAAUUACCAGGUUAUAGCCUUGUUUGUACGUAUGUCAUGUAUACUUAUACUACGAGGGUGGUUGAACUAUUCUGAAAGCCAAACUGGUUUUUAUCUAAAAGUUAAAAUUUCAGGUGGGCUCAUUUAUGCAUGAUUUUAUUAAUAUAUAAUUUUAACCACCCCAAUCUAUUUUGUUUUAAUGUAACUAAAUACUUGUUACUUUCAUAUUCUUCAAAGUUAUAAUUAUAACAGUACUAAUAUCGUUGUACAAUUUGAAGGCUCCUCUCCACUAUUCCUCUGUUCCAAAGUAAACAUUUGUUAUGAUUGUCACGCGGCGUAAACUGAAUUCCACUCAUUAAGGAUAAACUUAAGGGAUAGUAUUGUUUAACAUAAUCUUGCCUACGGCCGAAAGCAAUAAAAUUUUACGACUUGCGCGAUGGUCUAAUUUCGUAAUGUCAUAACCGCCAAUCGCGUGCACUCCAAAUAACACCUUAAUUUUGGUUUUAUAACGUUGCAUUUAACGAACAUUAAAAUGAUUUUAAGAGCAUUAUGUGUUUUGGAUAUGCGUUGUAGACCCAACACUUGUAACUUAGCAACGGGACACUUUUUCGGCUUGAAUUUGUAGGUGAUAGUGCAUCUUUGGUAUAUUACAUCGAUGAGUGUGGACAUCAAGUGAUGCAUUGGCAAUAUGCCUGGAUGCUCAAUAAAACAGUGUGGUGCGCGGAAAUCGAAAAAUCGACCGAAUUUGACUCUUCACAGCCUUCCAAAAAAUGAAGUGCGGCGAAGACAAUGGCUUAAUGCUAUUGGCCAGGAAAACAUUAAUCCCCGACAUACAAACGUGCGUGUUUAUUCCUUACAUUUUGAGGAAACAGAGUUCAACAGAACACUAGACCUGAUCAGGUUAAGAGAUGGUGCCGUACCAACAUUGUUUAAUGUGCCACAAAUGCCUAACCCCGUUCCUGUACUGGGCACCCAUGGUAAUAUUCCAGAAGAACAAAUUGGCGGACUUAGUCAAGAGAUUCUGACUCCAUCAUAUGAAAUGCAUGGUAUGGAAACUUCAACGAGGCAUGCCGUUCAACAGGCAGUUCCUGAGACUUCUGCAGCUCCUGUACUGACGCAUGGUAUGAAAACUUCAACGAGGCACGUCGUUCAACAGGCAGUUCAGGCAGUUCCUGGGACUUCUGCUUCUCCUGUACUGACGCAUGGUAUGGAAACUUCAACUAGGCAUGCCGUUCAACAGGCAGUUCAGGCAGUUCCUGGGACUUCUGCAGCUCCUGUACUGACGCAUGGCAUGGAAACUUCAACGAGGCAUGCCGUUCAACAGGCAGUUCAGGCAGUUCCUGGGACUUCUGCAGCUCCUGUACUGAUGAGCCAAGCAUCGAAAGUUAAGAAAUUAGAAGAGAAAUGUGAGUCUCAGAAAAAAAGUUAAAAGAUUGACUGAAAAAGUUCAAAGACAAAAGAAAAAAAUUGCUGAGUUCCAAAAUAUUAUAAAAGAUCUUC